AAAAUGGUAGACAUGCAACAAAUAUUUGUUGGAUUUUUAGUUUUCAAAAUAGCUUUAAUCUACGGGAAAACUGCUGUCCAUGAUCCAGUCAAUCAGGAAACAAAAUUUUCAUUUGAAUUUGACGCUUCUGAAUUUGUUUCGAAAAAAUAUAACAAUAUUCGGCCAAGAAACAUAAUCUCUUUCAAGAAUAGUAUCGGCAGAAAGAAUUUGAAUACCAAGAAAGUUUUGAAAGACGGAGAAGUAAUCCAAUUCAACCCAGGAAAUACAGCUCCUUUUUUCACAUUAUGGGGAUUAGAUCAGAAAGUUGUAUUUCCUUGUUUAAACUGGACAAAUUACUCAAUUAUAAUUCAUGUGUUUGAUCCAAAUUCCGGAUUUUUAGAAUUCAUGUGGAGCUCAGAUUCUUCAUUAUCACCAUUAGCAGAUGAAUCCAUAAACAAUACACAUUUUAUUUUUGUACCAAAAACAGCAACUUUAAAUGAAACGUAUGGUCCCUUAUGGAUGCAAAGUAGGAUUAAAACCAUGUUAAAUAAAUUCGAAGGAAGAUUAACAAAGAAUGGAUUACUUUCUCUCAUGGACAGGAUACACUUUUCUGUAUUACCAGUUUCUAAAUUGGGUAACUGGAUUCCAUCAGUUCUGCAACAGUGGGAAUGUGUAGAUCAUCUAUGUGGUCUAGAUCAAGUUGUAAUACAAGCAUCAUCAUUCAGAGGUAAAAAUUAUCCAGUAGUUUUAAAAAGAUUAGAUGCCCACUAUGACUGGCUACCAAACCCUACAAGUAUAUUUGGUAAUAAGACAGUCCAAAUGGUAUUUGCAGAAAAUGGUUGUAAUAUAUAUUGGGCUGUCAAUCAUUCAGUUGCUGUGGUAUCCAGCAAAGGAUGUUCAUAUUUCCAAAAAGUUUUAAUGAUGGAGAAAUCUGGUGCUGUUGGUGUUGUUGUAGUGGCGAGUAAAGGACAAACAGUACAGGAUAUGGAAUGUAAAGGGACAGAUUGUCAGACUCAGCUAUCCAUACCAGCUACUUUUGUUGAAUAUACUGAUAUUUUUACACAGAAUGGUCAAAUGAAUAUAACAUUCCAGAACACUCCUACAUCUAACUUCUUCAUGGCUAUAAAUAGAUCUGGUAAAUUGGCAGAAGUAGGCUGGUUCUUGUAUCCAUCUAUGAACUUCUUAGUUUGGCAAGCUAAAUGGUUUGACUAUGAGGUUAAUUUGAACAAUAAAUUAAAUGAUGCAGAUAUGGUUGUUGAAAUUUUUAAAGAUAAAGUCAUGCAUGGGAGUCAGGGAAUUGUGGUUAAUGUAUCAUUACCUGAUCUGAAAGAAAUUCAAUUGUUUUCUAAAGUAGAGUUGGACAUGUCCUUAUCCUGUCCAGGUACAAAGGACACAACCUGUGGUCACUGGGACCAUACAGUUAACCUGUAUGUUUGUUGUGAUCCAAAAUCACCUUUAUGUGGAAUGGAACUAGGAAGAUGGAUAACAUCAUUCAGAAGGAGGAUAGGAAGAUGGCUGACUGAUGUUUCUCCAUUGUUACCUCUGUUCACAACAAACACUUGUACCUUCACAAUGAAAACAGCACCCUGGGCAAUGCCAUGGAUACCAUCACUCAAUAUCAGAUUUUCUCAACCAAGAUCAUUAGAUGACUCCUAUCCAGCACAUAUAUCAUCACUGUAUUUCCCAGGAGCCACUUUUGACAAGAACUACAACAGCCAUUUUAAACCCAUUAAUUUUACUGUACCAGAUCUUAUAACAAAAGUAGAACUAUUUUCUGUAAUAACUGGACAUGGAAGUGACGAAAAUGGCUGUGGGGAAUUCUGUGUGACAUCACAUUUUUUGACUGUCAACAAUGUGACAAACAAUAUUACUUUCUCUACUGCUGGAACACCAUUUGGAUGUGCUGAUCUAGUCAAGACAGGAGUAGAACCCAAUGAACAUGGAACAUGGCUGUAUGGUAGGAAUGGUUGGUGUGAUGGCAGAAAUGUGUUUCCUUGGGUUGUUGAUGUGACAAAGCAAGUGAAAAGAUCUGGAUAUGUCAACACAAUCAAAUAUCAUGGCUUUUUCAAUGGAACUGACCCAGAUCCAAAACAAAAUCCAGGAAUAAUCUAUAUUUAUUCUUAUUUGAUAUUUUAUGAGAAACAUCUGUGAUGUAUUAUUUUUUUUAUUUUUCCAAGCAGUUAUUUAUAUCUCAACAUUUUCCACAUGUUUAAUAAAUUUAUUUUUGCAUAGUAUAUUUUGUACAUAAUAUCCCUUUAUAAAAAUAUGUUAAAUCCAGAAAUAAAAAAAAUUUCCAACUAAAUAA